CACAUGGCCCACUUGCACCCUCCAAUCAUCAUCAUCAUCAUCAUCUCUAUUCACAGCUUUCAAGACAAGUUUCAAGAUCUCAUACCAUAUGUUGGCUCAUAAGUUCAGUGGCAACUGCAAGACACUUGGUGCAACCCUUUAUAAACCCCUUCGCUAUUAAUACAACCAACAUAGUCAAAAUAAACAACACCUUCCCCUCCUACAACUAACUUUGAUCUACACUAAUACUACAACAAAACCAUGUCUACUUGUUAUUCUAAUCUUCCUUCCCCGGUUCAAAAUCACGAUAUCAUGAUCGAUGAACCAUCGAACGACCAAAAAGACUUGCUCUCAAGUCAUGGUUUCAUCGAGAAUGGGUCCUUGCCAACUUUGAUGAGCGGAAAAUAUGAAGAAGAUGAUACUGAAGAUGAAGAAAGUGAGUUUAAGAUGGGACGGUUGAUUAGGCAAGCAUCUCUCAACUCUUCACAUAUGUCUACUCCUCAACAAACCACUAAGCUUAUGAGAGCAAGCUCGAGUUUCCCGCGAUACUUGUCACAAAACCCGAAAACAAAUCAAGAAAAGGUUAUGAACAUGAGGAAAGUGGAAAGCAUGAACGAGAGAAACAGAAACAAAAGUUCCAUGAAGUUAGGGAAGAACAUAAAUGGUGGUGCACCAACAAUCCCAGCUGGAGGAUGGGGUGAUAAGGGUUCAUCAGAAGACAUGAAGGCACAGAUCAAGUUCUGGGCUAGAGCAGUGGCUUUCAAUCUGCAUCAAGAGUGUUAAAAACCAAAACGACUAGACCAACAUGUUGAUAGUUAUAAGUUUGGUCCGGUUAAUGUAUGAAUACAACGCUAACUAAAAUCUUUUUGUCCUGAUAUUUCGGGUUAUAUAAUGUAACAUCCUUCUAUACCGACCGUGGACAAUACAAAUAUUGAGUUCAUGAGAGGACUAGUACUAGGAUGAAUUACCUUCAAUGAUGUCUGUAUUCAAAACAAUGAACUUUUUGUAGGCAAAACAAACAAUAAUGAUUGUUGUGAGAGGCCGAAAUUUACAAGAUAUCUUUUGGUUUCUUUUUAAUGAUAUUUAUUAAUA